CAACACACAGAGAUCUGAAGCACAAACAAACAGGAUUUAUUUUAUAAAUGAUAAAUCUUUUGUUUUUCUCUGACAAUCUCACCUGUCUAACUAUGUGUCCGGUGCGGAAAGUUAAUAAUCACUGAUCCUGCUGCUGUGUUGUUAGGACGCUUUAAACGUUUAAAGAAGAGGUGUGUAAGAGAUAAAACCACUCCAGUACCACUGAGUCCCGGUUAUGCAAGCAGGACAUAGUGGAUGUAGGAAAGGUCAGACGUCUGGACAGCUAGUCAGACCAUGAACUACGUGGGGCAGUUGGCAGGGCAGGUCUUUGUGCAGGUGAAGGAGCUGUACCGCGGCCUGAACCCGACGACGCUCUCCGGCUGCAUCGAUGUCAUCGUGGUGCGUCGUCCCGAUGGCUCGCUGCACUGCUCGCCCUUCCACGUCCGCUUUGGCAAGAUGGGAGUGCUGCGCUCACGUGAGAAAGUGGUGGACAUCGAGGUGAACGGAGAACCCGUGAGUCUGCAAAUGAAGCUGGGGGACAGAGGAGAGGCUUUCUUCAUCACGGAGUCCAACGAUCGGGAAGUGGUGCCCUCGUACCUGGCCACAUCCCCCAUCCCGUCGUCUGCCCCCGACAAGGGCCUGGGUGUCGAGUGCGGCAAGACGAAGCGCAGGAGGAAGAGGAGGAGGAAGUCUAAAGGGGACAGCUCGAAGAGAGAGACGAACAGGGAGUACUCUAAGUGUGAAAGCGUCUACGCCAUCGACCUGAGAUCACACGAGGGAGACGAUGAGCACGACAGGAUUUCUUCAAAGGAACCAGUGAAUUGUUACACACAGAAUGCUGUGUAUACCCGCUCUGAUGGUGACUUGUCACCAGUACAAAGCCCUAAAGUCUCUCGCCCCUUCUAUCCUACGAGUGACUCUGAGCUCGUCACUAAAGCCGGUGUGGAGAAGCAGGAGGACCGAGCCAUGCUCUGGGCCUGGGGAAAGCUGCCUCAGCCGUCCUUCCUGUCAUCUAAACCUGAUCCUCCACCUGCAUGUCCCAUCCCCAUUCCUGUUUCCGACAACACACACUUUAGAGUCAUCUCCACCGGCCAGGCUGCUGAUGAUCAUUGCUUUGGUGAUGGUGAAUCAUCCCUACACCAGUUCCUCCCACAGGAGAGAACAGAGAUGGGCGACGCAGGAGAUCUGAGCCACCAGCCAAUGAGAACGCUGAACAGCUUUAAAGAAAAUAAUCCAGAGAUGAUGAGAAAGGAGACAGAGACAGUGGCCAUGUUAGCAGCAUGUCAGGUGUCAGAUGUUGGGGAAAGGGGUGUGGCCAGCGUAGGGUCCCGCCCACAGGGCAAAACUGAUUCACCUUCCAAGAGAAAAGAUAAGAGAAGCUGCCAUCUUGGCUCUGACGGUGUGUAUCUGGAUGAGAUCACAGAGCUGGGGCCGGAAGUAGCGGCACUUUACUUUCCAAAAAGUGAGCACAGCGGCGUAGGGCAGGUGUGUUGCGAGGGCACGUUAAGAAGCAUGAGCACGUCUCCUCCAUCCGUGGGAAGCUCGGGAGCAGACAGCGGCGUGGACAGUUACGCUGAUCAGCCCACUGACUUGUCCUCUAUCUCCCUGUCCCUGUGUGGUGGACUGACUGACAGCCAAAAGAUCAGUAAAGAGCACUUUCAGGAGAAGGUCCUUUCCUACCAGCAGUUUGCAGAGAACCCCAAACUGAUAGACGACCCCAACCUGGUGGUCAAAAUCGGCUCCAAAUACCACAACUGGAGCACCGCUGCACCGAUCCUGCUGGCUAUGCAAGUCUUUCAGAAACCACUGCCUAAGGCCACCGUAGAGAGGAUCAUAAAGGAGAAGAUGCCGAAGAAAGAAAGACGGUGGUGGUUCUCGUGGCGCGGGAGAGGGAGCAGCUCCACAACGGAUUCUACAACAGUGAACGGACCCUCGGGAGGACCAGAGCAUGCUGUGAAGAUGGCAGCCAUCAACAGGCGUAACGGUGAAUCCUCCUCCAGUGAUGAAGAAUAUCAAUCAAACAUACAGACAGACAGCUCCAGCCAAUCAGAGACCCCACUUAGCCAAGGGGGCGUGUCUUACAGGAAGACACUCCGCCUCACAUCCAAACAGCUGGCUAGCUUACAAUUAAAAGAUGGCCCCAACGACGUGGUGUUCAGCGUCACCACUCAGUACCAGGGCACGUGUCGCUGUGAAGGAACCAUCUACCUGUGGAACUGGGAUGACAAAAUCAUCAUCUCCGAUAUUGAUGGCACCAUCACCAGAUCAGACACACUGGGACACAUCCUGCCCACUCUGGGGAAAGACUGGACACAUCAAGGCAUCGUACGACUCUUUCACAAAGUCAGCCAAAACGGCUAUAAGUUCAUGUACUGCUCAGCGAGGGCGAUUGGGAUGGCGAACAUGACCAGAGGAUAUUUACACUGGGUGAAUGAGAGCGGCUCUAUGCUGCCUCAGGGCCCCGUUCUGCUCAGUCCCAGCAGCCUUUUCUCAGCACUGCACCGGGAGGUGAUUGAGAGGAAGCCGGAGAAGUUUAAGGUGGAAUGUUUGAUUGACAUUAAGAACCUGUUCUUUCCAAACACACAACCUUUCUAUGCUGCCUUUGGAAACAGAGCCACGGAUGUUUAUUCCUAUAAGGAAGUGGGAGUUCCCCUGAACUGGAUCUUCACUGUCAACCCAAAAGGAGAACUGGUGCAGGAGCAUGCCAAGACCAACGUGUCCUCGUACAUGCGUCUGGGUGAGGUGGUGGAUCACGUCUUCCCCCUGCUGAAGAGAAUGGGCACGUCAGAUUUUCCCUGCAGCGACACGUUCAGCCACUUUACCUUCUGGAGAGAGCCACUCCCCCUGGUGGACGGACAGGAGUCUGCAAGCAUGGCCAAGAGAUGAAACACACACACACACAACACAGAACACACACAUAUAUAUAUAUACACACAGCUAUUUAAAAAAAAUGUUUGCACAUUUGUUUUAUAUCACAGUUGGUAUUUCAUCCCUUUUUUUUUUGGUGCGCCAAAAGCAUCCUGGACUCUGAUUGGCCAGAAUGACAGGUUGUCGAUUACUCGAUUACUUUUGUAUAACAGCGGCUCAGACGGUGACGCAGCCGCAGGUCACGGGUUUCAUACUGACGCACUUUAACGUUAAUGUAUCAUCAUUUACAUAUGGAAGGAGUCUCAAGUGUCAGCGCUUCGUAACCGUCAGGUUUUCACGCUCGGCUUUACUGAGUCUUUAAGACCUUUACUGAGGAGGGGGGUGAGGGAAAGACGGUUUAUAGCUGCUAGAACCAACAAUUGUGAUCGUCAGAGAGUCGCUGUGUUUAGAAGUGGAAUAAAACACUGCACUUUAACACUGUUAUAGGAAAACAAUCAAAUUCCUUACACGGAAUGCCGGAGAACGGAAUCGUGGGAUAGCAUUUUUUUUCUGAGAAAAAAACAAAAAAAGGGACACAUGGAAUGCUGCUAUAAAAUCUGUCCAAAGCUGAUGACUCGGUGUUUAUUACACCACAAAAAAAGGAUGCUACAGUGCUACGGUGUAACUUUUAUAAUUUAUUUAUUCGUAACUCGCUGCUUUAGAGAUUUUCUUCUUGAUCGUGCAAAUUCCAGUAUAUCUGUGUAAUGAAAAGCUCAGAGAUUGUUACUGAGUGUUUCUUACUGAAAUAAAUCAUAUUGGCACUUUAAAUAGCUAUAAAAAAGAAAAGGCCUAUUUUAUUUCUCUAUUCUCACAUGAUGACGUCCUGAAAAUGUCUCCGCCUUCAGUAAGAGACUGGACCUCUGGACCUUCUGAGGGUCUAAUCAGAGGUUGGAAUGCACUCUGGAUGUCCACACACACAUUCACACUCCCUUUCACAUCCAGAAUAGAACUUAAACAAUCCACCCGCUGACGUGUUAUUUGGAGGUGAGGAGAAACCGGAGAACCUUGAAGAAGAGAAGAGAGUAACCCGAGCUCAGGGUGGAACUCUGGGACUGUCUGGAAUAAAGCUGUUACGUAACAAAUCGUUCAACUGAUUAAUAAAUCAUGAUAAAAAAUAAAAAACAAAAAAAUCUGCCAUCUGUGCACGUGACACGUCCUCUCACACCCGCGCGUGAACGUUAACGACAGCGGACGUUGAAAGUCUUCACAUUUGAUCACGUUUCCUCAUAGUGGAGCUCUGUGAAGCAUCUCCACCAUCUUAUAAGAUACGAGGUUUAUUUUCAUCUUUAUUCUUUACUUUUAUUCACAAUCAAACGUUAAGAUCAGACUGUAUCUUGUUGUACUGUAUGAUGUCUGUUAUGGUUCUUCUUUCUGUGAAAGAUCAGCACAUUUCAGUGGAUCGUCGUCUUCUCGGGUCCAGCUGCUGGUUUUCUCAGUUUUACUGCUUCUGACUUUCUUUCUACUCAGUAAAAUAAACAGAUUUGAACCUGAA